CAAAAGUGGAGAGAUGGGAGGGGAGGAUUACACUGAGCAUUUGAAAUAAGAGAAGUGCGUUGUAUAGAAUCGGCAUCUUAUCUCCUGACAGCAACAUUUGUGCAUCUACUCUGAUCUCCUCCAGAUUUAAAAUGGCAGAGAAAUUCAAGGUUGAAAGCCCAAAUGUGCGAUAUUUAAAGGAUGUUAUUGAAGCAGAUUACAACUAUGACACUACGCAAGUCUAUGAGGAGAAUGGUUUUACGAAGGUCAAACAAUGUUCUACCAAGUUCACAUUUCGGACAGAAAGGAGGGUACCUAAACUUGGUGUCAUGCUGGUUGGCUGGGGAGGAAAUAAUGGUACCACUGUGACUGCUGCUGUUUUGGCCAAUCAAAUGGGUCUUUCAUGGAUGACCAAGACAGGAAAGAAGGUUGCUAAUUACUAUGGCUCCUUGUUCCAGUCGUCUACUGUGUGCCUGGGCAGCAGCUCUUCUGGGGAUGUCAAUGUGCCCUUCCGUGAUCUUCUACCCAUGGUGCAUCCUAAUGACAUAGUAUUUGAUGGUUGGGAUAUUUCUUCCCUAAAUCUGGCGGAUGCAAUGAAGAGAGCAGAAGUUCUGGAUUGGCAGCUUCAAGAGAAGCUAAGGCCUUACAUGGAGAAAAUGAAGCCUAGGCCUUCAAUUUACAUCCCAGAAUUCAUUGCUGCGAAUCAAGAAGAUAGGGCAGAUCACAUCAUCCAUGGAACCAAAGCAGAACAGGUUCAGAAGAUCCGAGAAGAUAUACAAGACUUCAAGAGGACAAGUGGGGUGGAUAAAGUGAUUGUAUUGUGGACAGCUAACACAGAACGGUUCUGUGACUUAAUUCCUGGAGUAAAUGACACAGCAGAUAACCUUCUUAAAGCCAUUAAGAAUGGCUUAGAAGUAUCCCCUUCAACACUGUUUGCAGUUGCAAGCAUCCUUGAAGGCUGUGCAUAUAUAAAUGGAUCCCCCCAGAAUACUUUUGUUCCUGGAGCAAUUGAGCUGGCGAUCAGACACAAAGUUUUUAUCGGUGGAGAUGACUUUAAGUCUGGACAGACAAAGAUAAAAUCUGUGCUGGUUGAUUUUCUGAUCAGUGCUGGUCUAAAGACAGUCUCCAUUGUAAGCUAUAACCACUUGGGAAAUAAUGAUGGAAAGAAUCUUUCGGCUCCUGCACAAUUCCGCUCCAAAGAAAUAUCCAAGAGCAAUGUGGUAGAUGACAUGGUGCAGUCCAACCCAAUUCUGUAUGGGCCGGGUGAAAAGCCUGAUCACUGUGUGGUUAUUAAAUAUGUUCCUUAUGUUGGAGACAGCAAGAGAGCCAUGGACGAAUACACAUCUGAGAUAAUGAUGGGGGGGACAAAUACCAUAGUUCUCCAUAACACAUGUGAGGAUUCCCUGCUUGCCAGCCCUAUUAUUCUGGAUCUAGUGAUGCUAACUGAGCUCUGCCAGAGAAUAAGCUUCCGCACUGAGUCUGACCUGGAAUUCCAGACCUUCCACAGUGUCCUUUCUAUCUUGAGCUUCCUCUGUAAAGCUCCCCUGGUUCCAGAGGGCACUCCUGUCAUCAAUGCUUUCUUUAGGCAAAGGAACUGCAUGGAGAAUAUCUUUAGGGCUUGCUUGGGACUUUCUCCUCAGAAUCAUAUGAUGCUAGAGCACAAGAUGGAGAGAAGUUUUGUCAGCCUCAAGCGACCUGGCACAAUCUCUAAGCCUUGUCCCAUCUCCAGCAAGAAGGGUAACAGCCAGUUCAACGGCUUUCAUUGCAAGAACAUCAGCAAUGGCCACUCCAAUGGACUGGAGAAAUCUCUGACUAACAGUGACACAGAGAUAGAGAAUUAGGAGAAAAGAAGACUCAUCAGAAGACAUGAUACAUCAAAAAACUUGUAGUCUGGAAACUGCACUACAGCCAUUGCACUAAUACUGAGUUCUUUGUUAGAUGUUUUUAGCUGUGUGUGUUGUGUACUGACAAGAUCUAGAACCGAAGUUCUUAAACUCUGAUCACUGGAUCCUUGGUUGACCUCAACUGAUGGUGGCAAUAACCAAAGCUCAGUUAAACAUGUUUCAGAUAUCCUAGCAAAUGGUGUCACUGCUCUAGUGACACUUGAUACACAGAAUGUAACAUUUGAUAGGACUUUCUUGUAACAAUUUUGUCUGAACUUUUCUACCUAUUGUAAAAAAUGUAAUCCAAUUUGGUCUUUGACAUUUUAACAUCUGGAUUUAGCACAAUAUAUAUUGUGGCCAUCACUGCAUAUUCUCAUUGAGGCCCUGAUAGAAUUCUCCAGAUUGGAGAGAAAUUGUAGUGCAGACUUCACAGGGGCUGAACUCACUGAGUGCUGGAAAAAAAGGCGUAACUCUCUAGCACUGCAAAAGCUGUCUCAUUUUUGUAAGUGAAGGAGAGACAAGCUCAGUCUAUUAUAGCACUGCAUGAUAUGAGAGCUUUGUUUCACUUACACUUUAUUCUUUGUAUUUUAUAUUACUAUACAUUUACGAUUGGGUCCUUUCAGUGUUAUUAAAUUUAUGCUUUGCACUUUCUCUUUUAUAUUUUAAUACAUUUAGAUCUAGUGGUGCUUUUACAAAUUCCAAUUAUACUAGAAAGUUUGUGUUACUUUAACAAAUUAGGAUCAUACUUUGUAUAUUUCUGUGUAUAUUUUACAAAUUACACUGCACUUUGUAUUUGCUUCAUUGUAAACUAAAAUUUGGAGAGACAGGGGCGUUCCCUUGGCUGAACAGGGGAAUUCCCAGGUAUGCCUAAAGCGCUCUCUCAUACGCCUUGUGAAAUUUUGUAAGCAUUUUAAACGAGCUGGUUUUAAUAAAUUAUAUUGCCAGCUGUAUGCACAAAAAUUUGCAAUACACUUAUUUUAACUUACAGAAAAGCUAUAUAUAGUAAAAGAUAGACAAAAGCAAGUUAAAGUGUAGUGAAACAUUUCAGUUUCAUUUGUAAUUGAUGCAAACAACUGAGCCUUUAUAUCAGCCCCAGGUGGUCUCCAGUUACCUUUUCUCUCCCAUGGGAAACUUUGUAUCCCAGAGAGCUUUGUUACUUUCUAUAGAAGGCAUCUCUCUGGGAUUUCCAUGUUCCUCCCCUGUAAAAUCUGUACUAUAAUUUCUCUCCAAACUAGAGAAUGUUUGAUUAUCUGGCCCAUAGAAAUUAACGAAGCUGUCUGGAAAACUGGAACUGACAGUUUUCAGUUGUAAUUUAAAAAGAUGAAAUGAAAAGUGCAAAAUAAUUUGUAAAUAUACAAAGUAUGAGACUCAUUCGUUAGUCACACCGAAACUGUGAAGUGAUAAUAAGAAUGUGUAAAAUCACAAUCCUAAAUGCACUGCUGUAUACAAAAUAGAAAAUGUAAUAAAAGUUAAUCUGAAGUGUAAAGUAAAAACACAAAGUGUAAAUGCAACAGAACUGUCAUGCAGUUCUAUACUGCACUGGGCUUGUCUCUCCUUAACAUACAGAAAUAUGCAGGGAGAAGUAAAGCAAAAUCUGCCUUUUGAAAAUGUCACGGGGGGCAAUUUAUCAAGCUCUUUGCCUGCCUAGGACUGCAGAUUCUCACAAGAGAACCUGUGCGCCAUAUUUAACAAGCAGCAGUCAACAGAACGCUGCUUCCCUACCCUUUCGCCACCUCUUAGGUGGCGAAUUUUAAUCUCCCCGGUCUAGUCCGACCGGGGAGAUUGACAGCUCUUGCCCACACAUGAUUGGCUGGGCACUGGGAGGGGGCGGGAGUGCAAACGAGGGCAAAAUAGCGCUCGUGUGCAAUGCUGAAUUCCGCCAGGGGAAUACAGCCUGCCAGAGGUGAGCUGCGGCGGACAGGGGUGCGUGUGUACGCCCCUGUCCGCCUCAGCUUGAUAAAUUGCCCCUUAGGGAUCUCGCAGUGCUGGAGGAUCAUUUUAGAUCAUCUCGCCUGAGCGGAGAGAGGUUUUGAACAUCAGGCCCUGAGUCAGACUUUACAGUGUGUGUGUGUGUGUGUGCGCGCAUGCUGGCGUCUUCGGAUGUGUUAGAAACCUACACUUAAAUCACAAAUAACCCAUCACGUCUGUCAUGUUUGUUUAUAACCUCAUCCCCAUUUAAUCAUGUGACUUAUUUUAUUUUGCUAAUAGCCUUAUUUCUGUCCUAAACAUUUCAGAUUUCCUUUACUUUAUUUACUUUUAUCACACAUCACAUAAGUCAAUUCUCACUUUUUGAACUUUUGAAUCUUUUUUUUCUAAAUAUUCUUUCUAAAUUAUAGUUUCAACUUGUAUGGGUUUUUAAGAUAUUCAAAUAUUACUGUCAUAUUGCAUCAUUUUUUUUCUCUAAGUAUAUUAAGGAUUUUGUCUUCCAUGUUUAGAACUUUUAAUUGUAUCUUUAUAUGAAUGUGGUAUUUUGAAAUUAGCAGAGCAGUUUGUAAUGUCUACCUAGUGAUAUUGUCCAGCAUCACUACCUCUUGGUUUCUAAAUACCUCCCCCAGAACAAUGCAGCAUCCUCAUUACUUUACUGCAUUGCUUAGACAUUGAAACUACAUAGUGGAUAUAUUUGGUGUAAUCAUUUUUUUUGUAUACUCAUAACACAUUUUGUUUCUGUAAAUGACAAAAAUUUCUCCUAUAUUUUCACUGAUCAUAUUUUUGUUAAAUACAUGUAUUGUUGGAGGAAAAUAAUACAUAAAAUACCUUUUGUUACCCCCGGCUAUUUUUUAUUUUAUUAUUGCAAUUAGACGUACAUUUAAACUUCUAAUUCACCUGUGAGGUAUCUACACAAAUCAUACUUUAGAUUUUUUGAGAUAGUAAAAUACAAUAAGAGCCAGAAUUUCAUUUAAUGGGAAAAAAAAGGUUUUAUAUUUAUUACAAAUUAUGUAUCCUGUAUGGAUUUUACAAGUUAAUUCGAUCUUGAAUUUUUAAUUUUAAUGCUAAUACAUUUUUUUUUGGAUGUGGGACAGAUACAAAAUUCAGUCUUUGUUGGAAAAAGUUUUUUAGCACUAUUAAAAACGUAUUCCUUAAAAAUAUUGAAUGGAAAAAAAAGUUUGAGAAUUGGAAAACAUAACUAGAGACUGGGAAAUUGCGGUUUAAGCACAAAAAAUCUGCUUAGAAGAUAAUUUAUAAAGAUAGCUUAUUUGUGAACACAUUUCACAUGUGUCUAUGGUGGACCAAAUAUACUUUUAUGGGAUGGCUUUAAACAAUAAUUUCAGUAAUAGAGCUUAGACAAAUGUUCUAGCAGGUCAUUGUACUUAAAAAUAUUCUGUCAUUUAUAUAAAAAAUCAGUAUUUAAACAUGUUGAAUUUUUUCUUUACCUGUAUAAGACUUUGUAUAUUUAAACUUAAAGGGACAUAAAACCCAAAAUAUUUCUUUCUUUAUUCACAUAGAGAAUACAAUUUUUUAAACAUUCCAAUUUACUUCUAUUAUCUAAUUUGCUUAAUUCUUUAGAUAUCUUUUGAAGAAAUAACAAUGCACAUGGGUGACCCAAUCGCACAAGGCAUCUGUUGCAGCCACCAAUCGGCAACUACUGAGCCUAUUUAGAUAUGCUUUUCAACAAAGGAUAUCAGGAGAAUGAAACAAGAUAAUUGAAGUAAAUUGGAAAGUUGUUUAACCCCUUGAGUGCUAACGACGGCUCUGAGCCGUCGCAGUUUCCCACUCUGGUGCUAAUGACGGCUCAGAGCCGUCGGUAGCACUCUCCCGUCUUGAGGGAGAUCUGGGGGCUCCCACCUGCUCCGUUUUACGUCGUGACGUCACGCGCAAUAACGUGAUGACGUCACCGCACAAUUUUAUUUAUACUGAACAAUGUUAAGUAUAGGAGCAGGGGGCAUGCUACUUAGAAGCCUGUAUCUCAGGUAUCUAAGCAGCUACAGACCCCCAAGAACACCAUUGGAAAGGUAAUCGCCUAACCUUGUAACAGUGUAAGUCUUGGGGGUCUAAAAAAAAUAAAAAUUGUUCAAAAAAUUAAAAAAACAUUAAAAAAUCUUAGCACCCAGGUGUGAAAGUGCUUAGCACUCAAAGGGUUAAAAUGCAUGCUCUUUCUAAUUCAUGAAAGAAAAAACUUGGGUUUUAUGCACCUUUAAAAUAAUACAGUAAUAUCAGUUGUGUUCUUUCCACUAAUGUUGAUUGGCUAAUAGGUACUUCCUGUCAAUGCUUGUUGGCUGUUAGGUAUUUACUGCUAAUCUUCAUGUUUUAAUCUUAUUUUAUUAUUUCAAUGACUGAACAUUUUUUUUUGAGUACAGUGUCCAUUUUUAUGUUACAAAGAGAUUUGCUGCUUAUUUUUUGCAUGGUUUAAGGACAAACAGGUGGGCAGCGAAUGUCAUUUACCAAGUAUUUGUUUGUAAAAUUAAAGGGACAGUACACCUUGAGCUUCUUAUAUAUAAUGUUUUUAGCUAUACAUUAUGAAACGACUUUGCAGUAUAUUUACUUUAUAUUUGCCCUGCCCUUUCUGAUAAUUAAGCAAUUCCUAAUAUUCAUAACUUAAAAUUCACCCUGCUAACGUCUCAAGGCUAACUGUGCUACACAACUGUUCCUAAUUGGCUUCAUCAGAUAACAACAACAACAACUGCAAAAUGAUUAACUUUAUACUACUUUUGACAGUGGCUAUCCUUAUUGUUGGUGGAUUAAAGCCCAGAUUGGCUCCUUCAAAUUAGGCAAAUGGGUGGAGUUUGGGUAUUGAAAAAUUAUUGCAUUAAAAACGGAUGUUAAUUUGUUUUUAAAAUAUUAAGGCUUGGCUGAUAUGUUAUUUUAUAGCAACACAACAGAAAUGUGUUGUAAUUUACAAGGUGUUUACUGUCCCUUCAAGUUAUAGUGCUAAACGGGGUGAAAAGACAAUAAUACUAUUUAAUAGAGAUGCACAUUUGCAUCUUUUGUGAGGAUCCAAAUGCAGAAAUAAGCAACGACUCGUGCCCUUCAGAUAUUUUAGUAGCCGGAUUGAUUCCUUUAAAAGAUCCCCACACUAAGAUCUCUGCAAAUCCAGAUCUUAGAGUCGGGAUCUUUUACAAGAAUCUACGCGGCUACAAAAAUUUCAGAAGGGAAUGAGCCGCUGCUUACUUCCGCAUUUGGAUCCUCACAAAAGAUCCAAAUGCGCAUCCCUACUAUAUAAUACUUAAAACCACUAUCUUAUGCAUUUCAAGUCAAAUUGCAGAUUAUGGAUGCCCAACCUAAUCCAGAUAUUUGUGAGUGUUGGAUACAAGUAUUAAAGGGACACUGAACCCACAUUUCUUUCUUUUGUGAUUCAGAUAGAGCAUGACAUUUUAAGCAACUUUCUAAUUUACUCCUAUUAUCAAAUGUUCUUUAUUCUCUUGGUAUCUUUUUUGAAAUGCAAGUUUAGAUGCCGGCCCAUUUUUGGUGAACAACCUAGGUUGUCCUUGCUGAUUGGUAGAUAAAUUCUUCCACCAAUCAAAAACUGCGGUCCAGAGUCUGAACCAAGAAAAAAGCUUAGAUGCCUUUUUUUUCAUAUAAAGAUAGCAAGAGAACAAAGAAAACUUAAUAGGAGUAAAUUAGAAAGUUGCUUAAAAUUGCAUGCGCUAUCUGAAUCACAAAAGAAAAAAAUUGGGUUCAGUGUCCCUUUUAAAAUAAAAAAAAAAAAAAGCUUAUACAAAGAAAGAGACCCAGACCAUGAAGCUUUGGCCCAACCAACAUCUGCCUCAGUUUUAAUUCAGGAAUUAUUUAUUUAUUUUUUUGUACCAUUCACCCCUAUGUACUGGUCAUUCUUACUCCUCUCCAUCACCCUGGCACAACCCACCCUCUUACAAGCUGUGCCCUUUUGAUUUCCGCAAAUUCAUCAUAUCGUGAAUCAAAACAGAAUUCAUCUUGGAUCUAAAUAACCUGUUUAAAGUUAAACACCUAAAAUAUAUAAACUUUCGUGUUGUCUCUGAUUAUGUUCUCAUGUUCCAUAAUUUAAUAUAUACAUUUAUAAGAUAGAAAAUAGUCUUAUUUUUGUACUAUGAGUCUUUAAACAGUAUGUGAGUGAUUUAUUAGCUAUUCAUUGAUACAGAGAGGCUUGUUCUUCUGCAAAUUUACUUUUUGGUUCAAACUUCUAAACCUGGUAUCUAGCAGGAUUGCCUUGUUUGUUUAAAAAAAAAAAAAAAAGAAAUAGUAUAUUCAAUUCUUAAAUGUUAAUACCAUUCCAACUUUAAAAACGCAAUAAAAAAUUAUUUAAUCUC